UAAUAUAACUUCCGUAAUUGUUUCCUUGUUCUGUUCUACUUGGCCUGUCCAUCUCAGCGACAUAUAUAUGUAGAAAUGAGAAGAAAGGGCGUAAUUUUUGUUUUCAUCGUAGUAUGCCUUAUAAGCAUUGCUUUGUGUGAAGAAGAAGAUGAAGAUGAUCCAACUAAUCCGCACAGAGACCCGUCAAAGUGUGAAGUUUGCAAGUAUGUGGUUACUGAAUUAGAGGGAAAUCUACUAGAUACUUCAAAAACACAUGAAGUUUUUAAGAUUGGACAUGAGUUUGAUAAGGAGAAGAAGGAAGUCAAGUACACAAAAUCUUUGGUCAGACUUAUUGAGGUGCUAGAGGGUGUAUGCGAUAGAAUAAUGAACUAUAAUAUACAUGCUGAAAGAGAGUCAAGCCGCAGAUUAGCUAAAGGUACACCUGAGACGAUGCAGACUCUAAAAGAUCUGCGAAACAAAGGGGUAAAAGUUGAUCUUGGAAUACCAGAUGACAUGUGGGAUAUACCAUCUGCUCCAGUUUACAAAAUGAAACAAUAUUGCGACACACUCAUAGAGACCUAUGAGCAACUGAUUGAAGAAUGGUACUUUGACGAACCAUCCGAUAGAAAAGAUCUCACCACAUUAUUGUGCAUUGACAACUAUCUACCUAAAGGUGAUGACGAAUGUCUAAAGGAAGUCUGGACAGGCAAGGAGAAAGUUAAUUUUGAGAAUAAUCAAAAAGAAGAGGAUGAAAAGAUAGAGAAAGAGAAAGAGGAGAAAAAUAACAGUAAAAAGGGGAAAAAUAAAAAAAAUAGCAAGAAGGAAAAAAAGAAAGGAGACCAAAGGAAAGAUAAAUCAAAGAAAAGAAAAUCCUCAGAAGAAUAUAACAGCAAUCCAUCAACUGAAAAAAGGAAAACAGAACUCUGAUAAAAAUCAAAGAAAAUGAAAAAAAUAGUUAACAGUAACUGUAGGAGAUAAUCAUAACUCAGUUUUUUGGGGUAUACUAGUAAAUUAUUUUUAAAAAGUAUACAUUUAGCAUUCCAUUUUUUAGAAUAAAUUACCAAGUUUGGGGAUUUUAUUUGUAGUAUUUAUUCAAAUGUAUGUUUUUAUAAUUAUAAUUGAAUAGUUGUUUAAAAAAUGUUUUUACUCCAAGUGGAUUAGUUUGUUAAAAAAUAAAUAAAAAUACAAUCUCACCUGCUAACAGCAAAGCAUAACAUAGUAAAAUUAAUGUACAUUCCACAAUACAUGUAAUAUAAGCAGUUUAAAAAAAUGAGUUUAAAAUGCAGUUGAUACUACAUAGCAUACAAUUUAAUUAGAUUAUUAGGUACUCUACAUCCCCCCACCCCCAUAUAAUUAGAAUGACAAGAUAAUUAAAAUUACAUGUAUUGUCGCAUUAGAAGUCCCUGUAUUCCAGUUAUAUCACUGCUUCCCUUUGAUCAGCCAUACAAGUUAAAUUAAGUUUAAGUAUGUAUUUUCCCAAAAAGUUACUAAAAAAUGUAAUUUUGUAGGAUAAUUUCUGAAACUAUGAUACUUGCUAUGUAAUUGAUGCCCUAUUUUAGAUGAAUUUAAAGGCUAUAGAAGUUUGAAAUCCACCUAUUCAAUCUGUAUAUUAUGUUUAUUAUGGUAUACAGUAUAUUUAUUUAUUUAUGCAUAAAAAAGUAGUCCUUAUACUGAACUAAAUGUGAGCUAUAUGCCACCUCCUUUCCAAUGCAACAUACCAGAAUCUUCAGGUUUAGUUUGUAGACAUUUUGUAGAAACUAUAACAAUUUCAAUAAUAUAAUUUAUUAUAUCAUAUUAUUUCAUAAAUGCAUAUCCAACCUACAAAUUUGCAUCACUUUAUACUGUGCAAAAGCAUGCUGCAAAAAGCAUGGAAUUAAAUGGAUUAAAUCAAUAAAUUUCAACAUUUUAUACCAGUAUAUAGUUUAAGAUAAACAUUUUAAACAAUUUUAAUUUUGUUAGUAGGGCCUACAUAUGGAACAACAGUGCUUGGUUAGUUUUGUGUGAGGGAAAAAAUUAGUUUGAAAAAAACAGAAGGGGGUCAGAGCUGUUCCUUCAAAUAUAUGUUUUUCUGUACCAGCCCCUGUGUUUGUAGUAUGGGCAAUUAUGUUAGGCAUUCUGUAGUUGGAAUAUUAUUACUUCUAUCUUAAGCCCUGGCCAGACUAAAAUUUUACUUGACAAAAAACAUGUGACAUGCCUAAAUAUGGUCAUGAUGACAUUGACCAUAUAUAGGCACGUCAUGACUAUAUAUGGGCAUACAAGUUUUUUGUCAAAGAAAAUUUGAUAAUCUGGACAGAGCAUCACUUUUUGUUUUUUUCUUGUUUUUGUUAUUUCCUUCAGGUUAGAUUUAUGCCGGGCACUCACUGUGUCGUAAGACAGUCGUACGCAACGGUGUCUGCUGAUUGUCGGUAGCCGUCUGAACGGAUCGUCAUUAAAAACAAUCCGUUGCGCACGUGUUGCGUUGCGUUCUUCAUUGAAUUGCGUCGGCCGACAAGCAUCGUGCGCAGUGAGUGAGUGUCCGGCUUUAGUGACCAGUUUAACUAGAGCACCUAUGAGUACUGUUCCAGUUGGCCAUGUGUCUCAAACUGCUGGAGAACAGUGCAGUGUUAUACUGGCUUGUUCUUAAUUUGAUUCUUUGAUAUAUUGCUUCUGAUUAGUUUUAGGAUAGCUGUUCGUGGGUUUUCUUUAUUUUUUUUUUUUUCAUAUUCUUGAAGCACUUUGAAAUGAUUUGUAAGCCGCUAUACAAGUCAACUUCCACUUACACGAUGCAGAGCAGUCAUAUCCUUUCCCUCUCCUUAUUACCAACCCACCAUUUUAAACAUGAUACAUGAUGGCAAUGUAAAUCUGGUAGAAGGGGUUUUUUUUUUAAAUGAUAUCUCACUUUGUAUGUUUUUGUUUGAAAUAAUUUUACAAAGUUGCAUAGAACAUAGUUCACCAAUGCUGCAACUUGAAAGUGUUUAUCAUUAUCUUCAAUUGACAAUUUACAUCACAAUGUUUGUUUUUAGAAAUAAAAGUAGGCAUAAAUAA